AAACUGCCUUUAAUAAUAUUCUACAUUAAUUAAAAUUUUUUGUAAAUAUAUAUUAUAAUUUAUUUCUUCAUUUCACCGAAUGAGAAACAAGUCUCUGUUUCCUUCCCGAGGGUAUAAAAUAUUUUGCGUACAGAUUUUUCGAGUUGCACUAAAAAAAUGUCUACUUGCGGAUACGAUUUUUCUCUAUUAGCUUUUAUAAACCGAAUAAAAUUCGAGAUCGUCAGCACGCAACUGGGAAAACUGACAGAUGCAAAUAUUUAUAACAGUUGGCAAAUAUUUGUAACAUUUCCAGCACGAUGGUAUGAAAGAAUGAAAUUGACCCUCGAAUAUAGCGCGGCUGUUUAGCGUCGCGCGGUUUCCGGGACCCGGUGAACGCGAUCGAUACCUUUAUCGGAAUCGCUGCGACCGGGCGUAUGUAAAGAAGAAAGUGUCGGGGUAAAAAGUAUGCAGCUACUUUCCAGCUUCAUGGGUCGCCAUACGAAGCGAGGAACUUCCUUAAAAAAAGGAAAGCGCGAAUCCAACGGAGGCGGGAGUCCUGCUGGUAAUUGGCCGUCUUCGACGGGGGGUCCAGUCAGACCCCUUAACAGUACCGGUGCGUCGGGGAGCACCAACAUGACACCUGACGAUCCCGCGCCCGACGAAGAAUUCGCCCUCGCGAUCGCACAAAAAGCACAGAGAGACGCAGAGGCAAUCCGUACCGCUCUGUAUCUCGGAGUGGCACUCGCGAUCACCUGGAUAAUAGGAGCGGCGGGACUCUCGUUGGCGUGGCUGGUUCUGGUCUUGGCAUUGGCUGCGACCGUCGUUAAGGCAAGAGUGUCCCGGCUUCUUCAGACGGAAUUGCAACAUGAAUUGGCCAGGUUACGUAGGAGACGGGCUUUGUACAAGGAUGAGACCGCCGAGUGGCUCAGCCUGCUCCUCAAUAAGUGGUGGAGAUUCAGCGCCGCCAAUUUUUCCUUGGCGAAGGAACGAUUGGAGCCUCUCCUUAAUGAAGCUAAACCCGGUAUACUAGGUCCAUUAGAAUUACGCGAACUCACUCUCGGCGAACAAACACCGUGCAUCACUCGCGUGAGAACACUCGAUUGCUGCAGCGACGAUGACCUUCCCAGUGGACAUCAUUCCGGCCAAGCUAAACUAUCCAUCGAAGCCGACGUGCGGUUGGACUGCGAGCAGUUCCGCAUGCUCAUCACCACGCGGCUGUUUGGUAAAGGCGUGGGGAUGGACAUUGAUCUGGCGGUGGAAAAGCUGUUGUUAUCUGGCACGAUUGUCAUCGAUCUAACGUUAAACACGUCGGCACCUUUUCCGCACGCGACCGGGCUCAGCGUGAGUUUCCUGGAAAAACCGGAUGUCUGGUUCAGCGUAAGAAUUCUGCGAGCGGUGCAGAUGAUGGAGAUGCCAUUGAUCAAGACCUGGAUUCACGCGGUGGUGACGGAUGCCCUGGCCAGCUGGCUGGUCGACCCGGGUCAUCUGGAAGUAAAUUUAAGGGCGCGUGAGCGACCGGGUCCUGGACUGGAUUCCGUGACCAAUUCCAUACCACAAGGAGUGCUCACCGUUGUUCUGUGCCAGAAUGGUUGUGCCGCAAACGUUGCCGAUGAGGUGAGAUGGCUCGUGGUAACAAUAGGCGAUCAAAGACGAAUUACCUCGAAUUUGAGCUCCACGUGGACCGAAGAUGUGUCUUUCUUAGUCGGGUCAUUGGACAAUGAGAGGAUCACCAUCAAACUGAAAGCAAAACGGCUCGUUAGUACCAUCACUUUGGCGCAAUUCGAAUUGGCAUUAGGAGUCUACGAUUGGGAGAACUCGCAGAUCGUUGAGACUGUGUUGCAACAGAAGAAACCAUCCCGUAAUAGCGUUAACAUUCCGAAUAUCAACGCGCGAUUAGAAUACACUACUCUUCCACAUUUGGAUCCCGAGUUACCACAGCCAGAAUUAAUAGCUGAUAAUAUGCAUCUUGCAGUGCCGCGAGACUUUUGCCACAAAGUGCACAAAGCAGGAGUAUUGGUGGUUUACAUUCACUCCGCUGACAAUCUUAAUGGUGACGUUGCACAGUGUAAUCCAUAUUGCAUGCUAUUCAACAAUCGGAAGAAGGUCAAAACAACGCAUUAUAUUCGUUCGACCACGUCCCCGGUUUGGGACUGCAGAGCGCAAUUUUUAGUACAGGAUUACACUCAAGUAUCGCUGAGCUUUGUCAUCUAUUCAUGGAAUAUAGCGAAAUCAGUGGAUACGGAUAUGCUUGGAUUAGCGAUGCUAUCUCUAUCUGAGGACACGACGUGGAUUGUCAGAAAGGAACUUAUACUCAGUGGCUCCAAUAUUGCUUCUUCCAUGACAAUCUCCACUUUUUAUCCUGUCAAAAGCAUACAACAAGUGGUUAGCAGUCGCAGAAGCAGCAUAGUUCCAACUACGUUGGAUGACGAACCAAAAAUCAAACGAAACAGUCUACCGUGGAUGCAACAGGCUAAAUUGUUAUUAACGCACAAAGACGUUGAUCCCGCUUCCUCCGAUAUAUCGAGUUUACUUUCCACCGGAAGUGGUUUGAUGGAAGUGACGCUAUUGCGCGCGAAAGAUCUCGUUGCGAAGGAUCUGAAUGGUUUCAGCGAUCCUUUCUGCGAACUGAAACUAAACAACGAGACAAAGUACAAGAGCAGCAUAAAGAAGAAGACGCUGAAUCCUUGCUGGGACGAGAGUUCUAUCAUGGGUUUGCCGAAGACCGGAGAAGCUUUAGAUAUCGUAUUAUGGGAUCAUGAUACUUUUGGCAUGAAGGACUACCUUGGGAAAGUAUCAUUGACUCUCGAUGAUAUCAGAAAGCUAUCAAACAGCGAUCAGUCCCAUUGGUUUUCGCUCAGAGAAACCAAAACGGGAUCUAUAGAGCUGAAAAUUAAGGUCUUAUCGGAAGAAUGCGAGACGCAAAGUACGUACGCAACCAGCAACGUCAGCGACAAUUCUUCUCGUCUAAAUACCGAGCCCGACUCCUUGUCGAGUAUUGUGCGAAGGCCUUCCAUGGAAAAGUCAAAAAUACGUCUGCACUUGGAUCCAGUUAUACCACCACCGCCUCCACCACGCACUGUCACUCUCUUAAAACCGACUACAUCCAAUCAGUCCGAUAAGAUCAGCAUCACCAGUAAGGAGUCCAACGAUAUAAACGGAACGUCGAGUUUCUGGAUUCCGAAAGUUAUCGCAGAAUCCGCCGGUGUUUCCGUCGACGAGACUGAAACCACCAAAGUAAUCGCAGAAAGACGUGCUUCCCAUCACAGUUUGACCCCCAGUCCGGAACAGAGCUUCGGCAAGAAGUUACCACAGUACAACAGCUUUCGUAUGAUGAAACAGAAGGUGAAGAGAGGUUUAAAACUUCGUAGAUUCCGUUCGGAAGUAACUAUAGAGGAUAAGAACGAUAGUAAGGGCAUCACGUUGAGCUUGGAACCCAGAGGCGGCGGAGAGGCCGACGCCACGGAACUUCUCUCGGAAUCUGGUCUAGCACACGCUGUAUCCCAACCAGAUAUGUUAGGCAGAAUAAGGCAACCCAGUCCGCGCUUGAGAUUAAGGCCGAACGAUUUAAAAAUUGUCAAUGGCACUAGAGAGAAGUAUUCCGGGGUGGAAGGAAAGGUUCUCCAGGCGCAGGGUCUCCAUGUAGCGCACAUUGCCCAAUUAUACUGUCGAGUGAAGCUUCAAACGUGUACCAGUCCCGAUAAGAUCGUAUCACCUAAUGGUGGUAAAACUAUCGUGAAAUCGCGAUUACUACCGGCUAUGCCUAAUCCUCAGUUCAGUAUAGAUUUUCAUAUAGACGGCGAUGGCGUACCGAGGCAAGCUUUAUUAAUAUUUGAGAUCAGGAGUGCCAGCAAAGAAUUGUUGGCCAGUCGGCGUAUAACUUUACACGAAUUGCUAGGAGUGUCCGCAGCUAGUGAUGAGAUUCACACGUGGUUAGCGCUAAAUAAUGGCGCCUCAUUGGAAGUACAAAUUGCUCACGGAAGGGAGCUUAAGAAUAAGUCGGCGAAAAAGUUAUUUCGUUCUUGGUCGGUACAUCGGAUAGGCAAAAUAUGAAAUUUAAAGAAAAUCAAAUCAACAAUCUCCUGUUGUACAUCUAUUUAACAUAUACUAAUAAAACUGUAAAUCUUUUAUUCUUCGAGGAAGAAUUAAAUUUCGAGAAAAUGAAUUUCGUGUGCAUUUUUUGUAAGGACAAAGAAAAUUAUUUUUACAAAUAAUAUCAAUUAUAACCAUAUAUAUAACCAUUUAAAAAAAUUAUAAUAGAAGAAUUUUUGUGUGGAAAGUUUUUUCCAGCUACGUCUAUUGAAACUUCAACAGCAUUUCUUAUAAUGUUCUUCAAUCUUUUGUACGAUUAUAUUGAUGAAAAGUUUCUAAUACAUAAUUUCUGACAAGAUUGUAUAAGAUAAAUUAUAUAUAUGUAUGUGUGCGUGUAUAUGUUAAGUCCUAAUUUAUGUAUAUUAAGAUUUUUCUAACAUUUGCAGAAUAUGUAAGAACAUUAAAAUCAACGAGAAAUAUUCUCGAAUACCAUUUCAUUCAUAUAA